GCAGAAACGAGGCUUUUGCCCUUCCCUUUGCAGGUCCAGUCUUGAGGUUUCAUUGACCAAAGCCACUGCAAAAUCCUGGGGUUAUGAAAUAUUUCCUCUCCGUCAGGUCCCGGACAAGAGAUGGCAUCUGCAGAGCCAGAAAAGGAAGUCCUUGCCUUAUAGAGAGCGCCCUCGGUGUGACACAAUGGCUGAUAUAAAGUGUCGGGGGAGCUGAGGCAAAGGCAAAGGAACAAAGGAAGAUCGAGAUUCGGUGGCUUCCUCGGACAAGAGGAAAGCGGGAAGCGUCUCGGGGAUGGAUAAAUUCAAGGCUGCGCUGGUGCUGGCUGGGGUAGGGGAUGCUCUCGGUUAUCGCAACUUCUCCCGAGAAAACAAUGCCUUAGGGGCGAAAAUCCAGCAGGAGCUGAAGGAAAUCGGAGGGCUGGAGAACCUGGUGCUCUCUCCCGACAAGUGGCCAGUAAGCGACAACACGCUCAUGCACAUGGCUACGGCGGAGGCCGUCAUCACAGAUUACUGGUGUUUGGAAGACCUGUACCGGGAGCUGGUAAAACGCUACGUGGAUGCUAUCGACAAGCUCUCGGGGAGGCGGCCAGACCCCGCCACCAUUGAAGGCUGCAGGGAAUUAAAACCAGACAACUACCUCCUCGCUUGGCACACACCCUUCAACGAAAAGGGUUCUGGAUUUGGAGCAUCCACAAAAGCCAUGUGUCUAGGGAUGCGAUACUGGAAGCCAGAAAGGCUGGAGUCACUUAUUGAAGUGAGCAUUGAGUGUGGACGAAUGACUCACAACCAUCCUACAGGCUUUCUAGGGUCCCUAUGCACAGCUCUCUUUGUGGCCUACGCGAUACAAGGGAAACCCCUGGUGCAGUGGGGAAGAGAGAUGAUGAAGGUUGUGCCGAUGGCUGAAGAAUACUGCAAGAAGACCAUUCGCCACAUGGCAGAGUACCAGGAGCACUGGUUUUAUUUCGAAGCCAAGUGGCAGUUUUAUUUGGAGGAGAGAGAAAUCAACGAGGAAAACCAGAAUAAACCUGUCUUUCCAGACAACUAUGACGCAGAGGAGAGAGAAAAGACGUACCGGAGGUGGAGCUCUGAAGGCCGGGGAGGGAGACGAGGCCACGAUGCCCCCAUGAUUGCCUACGAUGCUCUGCUGGGCUGUGGUGGAGACUGGACGGAGCUCUGCAAUCGUUCCAUGUUCCACGGAGGAGAAAGCGCGGCUACUGGGUCUAUCGCUGGUUGCCUGUAUGGCUUGGUUUAUGGCCUAAGCAAGGUCCCCAAAGGCUUGUACCAAGACCUGGAGCAACGGGAGAGGCUCGAGUACUUGGGAGAGAAUCUUUACCGACUAUCCAUGGAGGAAAACACCAAAAGCCCACGCUUUUGCGGAGAUGAUAAGAUGCUGGUAGACCCUUUGGUGCUGAAGAAGAAGCUCAAUAGGAUGGCGACAGAGCAAGGGGCCUUUGCUGUUCUCAGCAGCCUGCUGCUGUACGUCACCGAGCUCGCAGCCGGCGAUCCCCAGCUCAGCAGCAAGAGGACAAAAUGGGCAGAAGGUAAAGAAAACAAGGUGAGUCAUAACCAGCCAUGUCCAGGUCCAAACAGGGGCCAGCAUCCGACCAGAUUUCAGCUCCUGAGGUCCAGGUUUCUAAACAACAAUCGCGAGCCGUACACCAAGAAAAGAAGAGAAGUCGGCAAACUGGUCAUUAAAGAGAAGCUGUGGGUGAGCAGGGCUGGUAACAGAGACAGGAAAGGAGAUGGAAAAGCCACGGAGGAGGAUGCAGACACAGCGCCCAGCGAGAGGGCCAGGUGGAGCAGCGCCAGUGGGAAAAACACAGUGAAGAACAUCCUGAAGAAAUUUUUAGCUGCCGAAGAAGCCAAGGAGAAGUCUCCCAGCUGGAAAAAGAAGGGGCCCGACAGUGGUUUGCCGAAAAUAGUCAACAGGAGUUCAGUCCUGUCCAAACUGAAGGAGCAGUUUGAGCAAAGCGCUCUCUGCUCGGCCGCAGAGGUGAAAGCAUCGCUUCUGCGCAAAGGGGAGAAGAAGACGAAAAACUUCCCAAGCAGAAAAACUAUUCGUAAGCCCGAGGUCAGAGUGCUGCGCACGGCAGCAAUGACAGCCACAGGUAUAAAGAACCCAGAGUCCCAAUAUUUAGUGUGCUCCAUGGUCCCGGUGCCCAAACUCAGCAUGGCUACCAAAAUCAACCAUCCUUGGAGCUGGUCAAAAAACAACACUGCAAUGCAGCCUUUUGGUCAUGACACACCAAUGAAGGAAAAGGCGGGGUCUGACAGAGACCCUGGUGAAAAAAAACCACCAGCAAAUGCAGCACAGGACAGAGAGGACAAAGAAGAGUUACUGGUCGCACCCAAGGUCAUGUCUGAUGCAAAGGAUCAUGCUGAGGCUAAAAUAGAUUCCACAAAGCAAGGACCGAACUUUAACCCUAAUCUAGAUAGCUCUUCUACUACCUGUAAAAACAAAGCUCUUGCAGACUGCGUUCCUCCCUCAUCUGAACAUAGUCUAGGCAGCGACAGGAAUAACACGCCAUCUGGGCCUGAUACAUCUUCACUACCAGGGUUUACCAAUGCUGUGCAACACGUUAACGAAGGCAUCCCACCUUCUAACUCGCCUCCCUCUAGCACAGCUGAAGGAUCUCAUGAACAAAGCCUUCAGGAUACUAAAAUGGGUGAGAUUCCUGAAAUAACCAUGUACGUAUACAGUUCAGAGGAAGCUGACACAGAACUCUCAGAACCAGAAAAGGAUCCUUUCUUUGCAGGCCAAAAAUGUUUUCCAGAGCAGAAAGCAAUGGAAAACAUUCUGCCAUUUCACUCUCCAGGAGUUCAAGCAUUUUGUGAAAUUGAGCCUCCAAUGGAGGAUUGGCUGCUAAGUGUCUUAACACCAGCUUCUGGCAAAAAGCCGCCAAUAGUCCAAAAAGAGGCACCAGGUUUAAGAGGAAGAUGUUCUGAGGAAGCCAAAGAAGGAGUGAAUUAUCACAGUGAAGACAAAAUGUCCUCUAAAUCUAGCAAAAAUGAUGGUGAUGUCCCAACUAUAAAGGAAGAGGAGAAUAAAACACCAAACAGCCAGAUGCAAAAUGAAUCCAAAACCAAGCACCCACAGCCUCCCCAAGUGCCCAGCACACAAAAUAACUUUGGUAAUUCCAGUCCUGACAUAUCAAAUUCAGAUGUAAAUCAGACCGAAACCCCUCUCUCUUCAAAUGAGAACCAGGAUCAGAAUCCUGGUGCUGCAGAAGACCACAUAUCUUCUUAUUUGGAAAAGACACAGAGCGCUUUGCCAGGCGACCUUGUGAAGCACAGCUUCUACUUUGCAGAUGAAGAUUUUGGGAAGGAGAAAUUAUCUUCAUCAAAUGAAAUGAUGAAUCAUGCCCUGGGCAAGAGUACCUUGACUGACCUGGAGACCUGUCACAGUCAAUCUAAAUCUUUCAUUGAGUGUGAAGAGUCCACAGCAGAUGAGAUGCCCUGGCCUGACUCUGAGGCAUGCCAGUCACCCUCAUCAAACCCUUUACCAACACCAAUGAGUGGGAUUGCAGGACAAAGAAUCCAUCACACUCUUGGAAAUCCCCCAGCCCUUCCACCUAUUGAUCUGGUGAGACGAGGAGCUGGUGGUGUGGAAGAUGAGCGUACCAGCCAUGGAUGUGAGAAGCACCCACUACCCUCUUCAGAUGAGCUGACAAACUGUGGAAAUGAUACUAUGGUGGAGAAGAAAAUUGAGAAAACUGCAUGUGAUUUCAAGACCCAAGUGCCAUCCCCAAAUAAUGCAACAGAAAAUGAAAACUCUACAGCUGAAGAGACAAAUACAUGUCAGAGCAUUGAGAAUUAUCUUUCACUUUCAACCAAGGAGCCAGGAAAACAUGAAAAUAAAACCGCACUAGCAAGAAAGCCCCUAUUACUUGUGGAGAAGAACCGAACACCAACUUCAGAUGAUACCAUGAAGCAAGGAAAUGAUAUGCUGGAAGAGAACCUAUUUCCUUCCUCAACUGAAUUGGUCGCAGACCGAAAGAAGCAUGCAAAUGGUAGUGAUCAAUUCUCCAGACAUAAAAAGGAUAAGCUCUUGUCAUCAGAUGAUGACAUGAAGCAUGAGAAUGAUAAGACGGAUACAGAGGACAGAGAAGAGAGAAAUGCCUUGCAUAAAUCUGAGGAGGAACACAUAUCCACACCAAGGGAUACAAUGGAUCAUGAUUAUAACUCUUCAAAUGAGGAGAAUGCUCAUAGACCUCAGACAUCCCAGUUUCCUUCAUCAGAGCAUGAUACCAACAUUCAAGGAAUGAAAAAUACUGAGCAGAGUUUGAAAUGUCUAACACCUUCAAGAGAUGUUGUGAAACACGAACAUGAUCUGACAGUGGAUGAAAACAUCUACUGCAAUAAUAGGAAACACAACCUGUCUUUAUCAAAUGAACCAAUGAAACGUGCAAAUGGCGGUGCAGAGGAAAGAAACAUCAAGUCAAACUUCAAGAAUUAUUCAAUGCCAACAACAAAUACAUCAAGUCAGGACAAUAAGACCACUGAUGAGGAGAAAUUCCCUACUAAUUUGAAAAAAGAACUGGUGCAGGAUAAAAAGGUUGGUGAAGGAGAAAGAAAUACUUCAUGUGAUCCUAAAAAUCAAAUACCAUCACCGAAUCCAUUGGUGAAGCAAGACAAUAAAUCAUCCCCUCUAGAGACACAGAAGCAGAUGUCACCAGGUGACUUGGUAAAGCCUGAAACUAAGUCAGAUGAAAAAAAGACUAAACACACCUCUGAGAAGCUCCAGUCACCUUCUGAAAAAGUGCAGAAGCCUCAAGAAAGAAGGUCUUCAGGAGAGAGGAAGCAAAAGACAGCAGCAGCGGAGGACACUGGGUCACCUGAAACAAAGGCUGUGAAAGAGGAUAAUGAGCACCAGCGUUCUGGGAAGUACCAGCUACCUCCUUCAACAAAAUCAGCAAAGCAUGAGGAAAACACUCCAGGAGGAGACAAGCAGCAAACGAGAUGUGAAGAAUUUAUGACAACUGAUACAAAUACUGCAAAAAAGAAGAACAAAUUUCCAAGUUCCAGGAAGUACCGAUCCAUAUCAUCAGAAAUAUUGGUUACACCUCAAGAAUUAAAUACCACAGAACAAAAGCAACAAACACCACCUUCUGAAAGCUUUAAGAAGCCUGGUACUAAUGCUGUAAAAGAAAAAGAUGAAGGUCCAAACUCUGAGAAGGCACCCUCUUCAAAGAAAGUGGUGAAGUCCCACGAAAAAAGUACUUCAGGAGACAGAAAGCAAAAGACACCAGGGGCAGAGGACAUUGGGUCAACUGAAGCAAAGGCUGUAAAGGAGGAUGAUGAACACCAGUGUUCUGGGAAUCAUCAGUUACCUUCAAGUAACUCAUCAAAGCCUGAGAAAAAUCCUUCAAGAGGAGAAAAACAAAAAACUGUAUAUGAAAGUUUUACAAAGCCUGAUGCUGUAAAAGAUAAAAGUGAAGAUUCAGGUCCUGGGAUGUGCCAGUCCCCGUCUUCAAAUUUGCUGAUGAAGCCUCAAGACAAGAACACCACAGCCAAAAAGAAGCAAUCGCCACCACCACCCGAUGAAGAAACAACGUAUAAAACUGGUAGUGCAGAAAAGAGGAGUGGACCUGAGAGAAGAGAAAAAUACCAGCCACGCUCUUCAGCUCAAUCAGAGAAACACAGCAGUGAUGGCUCAGGAAAGGAAGGCCCUGUGGGUGACUUCAAGAGCUAUCAAACUCCAUUGCCAAGUGAUGACAUAAAUAGUAAGAGCAAUACUAUCCCAAAAGAGACCAGUUUGUCUAAUACAGAGAAGUCCCUCAAAUCAUCCUCAUUUCUUGUUCCAUCAAAAGAUGAGGAAAAUCCUGCUGGAAAUAGAAAAAGACAGCCUGGAUUUAAAAAGUACCAAGUACUCUCAUCAAAGAAUUUGGUGAGGCAUGAGAAAGAUGUUGCUGAAAGGGAGGGGAGCUGGCAGGCAGCUGGCAAAACAAAUGAGAGAAAAGCAGAACUGGAGGACUGCUCUAAAGCAGCGUCAUUCUCAAAAUACACAGUGGAAAGCUACAGUGAAGGACCCUUAGAUUCAUCUUUCAAACCAUUGAUCAUUAGAGUAAGUGACACAUUUAAGCAUCACAGCUAAAAAAUAUGGCUACAGCUUAGGCAAGAACUUACAACUGAUUGUGCCAUUGAUCCUCUCAAUCUUUCUUUUUUUCUUUACUCUCCAGGGCAUUAUAUUAUCAUUUUUUAAUCACAAGGACAUUGAUGUGCAUCUAUCUGAGCUGGGCUUUUUUUCUUUCUUAAACAUUAGCCUGAAGACAUGAAUUAAAUUAAUCACUGCAAGUGAAUUAGCUAAUCACUGAAUUAAUCAUCAGUUUAUAAAUUAAAUAUGAGAAGGGCUUUGAGAUCAGCGUGAAUUCAGCCCCGCUCCAGACUCUCCUUGCUAACUAAUGGGUUUUGUUUGUAACAAAGACAACUGUUCAGGGUGAACUUUAUUUGUGUUUACUUAUUCUAAUGAAACUCCAGUAGUACUUUUUCCAGGAAUGGUGGUAGGCAGUGUCAGCUUUAAUUAUGUCAAAAAGCGCUUGUUCUGAGCUCUGCCUUUUCAUGUAUUAAUGGGAACUGUUGAUCAAUUGCUGCACUGAGUGAUGCUGUUAGUAGAA